AACUGAAAAAUCCAGUUUAAAAAACGUAAUUAGUUUUACACUUUCACAAUUUUUACAAUUAUUCAAUCAAAAAAUGAACAAUCCAGAAACUGAAGAACCAGUGGUAGGCGAGCUGAAGCAGGAUUUGCCUUCAUCCAAGCCGGCUGAGCUAUCUUCAUCCUCACAAUCCGAAGGAUUUAUGCAGGCGGCCUCCACCACCGACGGCAUGGCUGCGGCGGCUCUCCGCUCGGUGCUCCAGCGGGUUAACCCACUCCCUCCUCCGGUAGGUGUACGACGGGUGGCCGUGAGCAAGACGAAGCCGGUCUCCCUCCUCCGGCAGGUGUACGACGCCGGCCACCACUGCUUUGGCGAGAACUACGUCCAGGAGAUCGUCGAGAAAGCUCCUCAGCUGCCGGAGGACAUCGAAUGGCAUUUCAUCGGGAAUUUGCAGAGUAAUAAAGUGAAGAGACUUCUAUGUAUGUCUAUAGUAUAUCAACCUCACGAGUGUUCAUAAAUCUUUUGUGAUAAUUCACAUAAGUGAAUUUGAAGUGUGUAGUGUAGGCUUCAGUAACCAUGUUAUUGUUCGAAUUGGGUGGCUAUGAAAUAGUUCUUAGUGUUUGACAGUUAAUAAUUAUGUUGAUGAUGAAGGGUUAUUGAUGAUGGUGCUGUAGGAAUUGCUUUUGUUGUCCAAUUCUUCCAUUUGAAUGUUUGAUGUUCCAAAGUUGUUUGUGUGUUUGUGUGUGUGUGCGUAAUGUGAAUUUUGGAACACAAGUACAAUCUGUUAAAUAAACUAUCUAGUUAUUGAAUUAUGGUUUUAAGGGAUCGCUAUUUUGAAUAAAGACUAGUGUUUAUGGAAGUGUGGAACAAUUAGCUAU